UGUUUGGGCCGUAAGAGCAAACAUAAGCCCAUUGGGUCAUAUUUAAAUUGGGCUUUUGUCAGAGAAUGAAAAAUGUCUUCUUCUUCCUUGUCAAUCUGCCGGCCGGGAACCAGGUUUAAGAAGCGGUGGAUGUCGCCGCCCAUAUUUGGCGGCUAACAAUGGUUUCUUCUGUGCCUAAAAAACUACAUGCUUUGUUUGUCUCCAACUCUCAACCGGCCAAAUCCACCAAUGCAGGGUCUAUCAAAUCAAAACUCGCCAGGUCCUUGGCGCGUGCUGUGAACUCUUCUAACGCGUGGUCCGACGAACUCGAGUCUUGGCUCUCAUCUCUUCAUCCAUCUGAACCCCUCUCCAGAACCACCGUUCUCCAAACUCUGCGUCUCAUCAAGAUCCCUUCCCAUGGUCUUCGGUUCUUUGACUGGGUUUCCAGCAAGGGCUUCUCUCACAAAGACCAAUCUUUUUUCCUCAUGUUAGAGUUUCUAGGUCGAGCUCGCAAUCUCAAUAUCGCUCGAAAUUUCUUGUUCUCCAUCGAGAAAAGGUCUAAUGGAUGCGUUAAGCUCCAGGAUCGCUACUUUAACAGCUUGAUUAGGAGCUACGGUAACGCUGGGCUCUUCCAGGAGUCAGUGAAGCUGUUCGAGACCAUGAAGAAGAUGGGCAUCUCGCCUUCCGUGGUCACCUUCAACAGUCUUCUCUCUAUUUUGCUUAAGCGCGGCAGAACUGCUAUGGCCCAUGACAUGUUCGACGAAAUGCGUCGUACCUACGGGGUCACCCCAGACUCUUUUACUUUCAACAUAUUGAUUAAUGGGUUCUGUAAGAAUUCCAUGGUGGAUGAAGCCUUUCGGGUUUUUAAGGAAAUGGAGCCUUAUCAUUGCGAUCCUGAUGUUGUUACGUAUAACACCAUCAUCGAUGGGUUAUGCAGAGCCGGCAAGGUCAAGAUUGCGCAUAAUGUUUUGAAUGGAAUGAUGAAGAAAGCAACGGACGUGCAUCCCAACAUUGUUACUUACACUACCCUGCUGCGAGGGUAUUGUAUGAAGCAGGAUAUUGAUGAAGCAUUGCUUGUGUUUCAUCAAAUGCUCUGUAGAGGGCUGAAACCCAAUGCUGUUACUUUCAAUACUCUGAUCAAGGGGCUCUCGGAGGCUCAGAGGUAUGAUGAAAUCAAAGAUAUUUUGAAUGGACGGGAUGCAUUUACCACUUUCACUCCAGAUGCCUGCACAUUUAAUAUUUUGAUCAAAGUUCACUGCGAUGCUGGACAUCUGGAUGCAGCUAUGAAGGUGUUCCAUGAAAUGGUGGAUAUCAAGUUGCAUCCUGAUUCAGCUUCAUAUAGUGUUUUGAUCCGUACUUUGUGCCUGAGAAAUGAAUUUGACAGAGCCGAGAGGUUGUUCACUGAGUUAUUUGAGAAGGAAGUACUGUUAGGCAAGGAUGGAUGCCUGCCUCUUGCUGCUGCUUAUAACCCGAUGUUCGAAUACUUAUGUGCCAAUGGAAAAACAAAACAAGCUGAGAAAGUUUUCAGGCAGCUGAUGAAAAGGGGAGCGCAAGAUCCACCCUCGUACAGGACUUUGAUCAUGGGUUACUGCAGAGAAAGUAAAUUCAAGGCUGCUUACGAGCUGUUGGUUCUAAUGCUGAGGCGGGAAUUUGUACCUGAUCUUGAAACCUACGAGUUAUUGAUUGAUGGGUUAUUGAAGAUAGGUGAAGCUCUUCUUGCUCACGAUACCCUGCAAAGGAUGCUAAGGAGCUCUUAUCUUCCGGUUGCAACCACUUUCCAUUCUGUACUUGCAGAACUUGUGAAAAGGAAAUUUGCUAACGAGUCCUUCGGCUUGGUAACACUAAUGUUGGAAAAACAAAUACGACAGAAAAUUGAUCUUUCAACGGAAGCUGUCAGAUUGCUUUUUAGCAGUGCUCAGAAGGAGAAGGCGUUUCUGAUUGUUAGGUUGCUUUAUGAUAACGGGUAUUUGGUUAAGUUGGACGAAUUACUUGAUUUCCUAUGCGAGAACAGAAAACUUCUUGAUGCGCACACACUUGUUCUGUUUUGUCUGGAAAAGAGUCAUAUGGUUGAUAUUGACACCUGCAACACAGUCAUAGAAGGGCUCUGUAAGCAUAAGAGGCACUCUGAAGCGUUUAGUUUAUACAAUGAAUUAGUAGAACUGGGAAACCACCAACAGCUUAGCUGCCAUGUGAUUCUGAGAAAUUCCUUAGAGGCUGCUGGAAAGUGGGAAGAACUACAGUUUGUGUCAAAGAGGAUGGUUACAAUGAGAAUAUCAGAUGAUUGCCCUGGAUUAGAACAAAGCAUGUCCACGUCUCUACGAACGUUGCAACUCUCUGUUCCUAACUUUCACCUUCAUGAGAUGUCAAAUUCGAGGAUGAAUGGUGUUGAGAAGCUAUCCACAAGGCGUGUCGCUAAUCCAGGGAAAGCAACAGUACUUGCUCUGGGCAAAGCCUUCCCAAGCCAAGUCGUUCCUCAGGAGAAUCUAGUAGAAGGAUUUCUACGAGACACCAAAUGUGAUGACGCCUUUAUCAAAGAGAAGCUGGAACACUUGUGCAAAACCACUACCGUGAAGACGCGCUACACUGUAUUGUCCCGAGAAAUACUGGAUAAAUACCCUGAGCUAACAACAGAGGGUUCACCAACAAUCAAGCAAAGACUUGAAAUUGCAAACGAGGCGGUUGUGGAAAUGGCAUUGGAAGCCAGUUUAGGUUGCAUCAAGGAAUGGGGAAGGCCAGUGGAAGACAUCACUCACAUUGUCUACGUCUCCUCGAGCGAGAUCCGAUUACCUGGUGGGGACCUAUACCUCUCAGCGAAGCUAGGCCUGAGGAAUGACGUGAACAGAGUGAUGCUCUAUUUUCUGGGAUGCUACGGAGGUGUGACUGGCCUCCGCGUGGCCAAAGACAUUGCUGAGAACAACCCGGGAAGCCGUGUUCUUCUCACAACCUCUGAAACCACCAUUCUCGGGUUUCGCCCACCAAACAAAGCUCGUCCGUACGAUCUAGUUGGAGCUGCUCUGUUUGGAGAUGGUGCAGCUGCUGUGAUCAUCGGAGCUAACCCGAAAGAGUGUGAAGCUCCUUUCAUGGAGCUGCACUAUGCUGUUCAGCAGUUCUUGCCAGGGACACAGAACGUGAUCGACGGGAGGUUGUCAGAGGAAGGCAUAAAUUUCAAGCUAGGACGAGACCUCCCGCAGAAGAUAGAGGAGAACAUAGAGGAGUUCUGCAAGAAGCUGAUGGGAAAGGCUGGUGAUGAGUCGAUGGAGUUCAAUGACAUGUUCUGGGCUGUUCAUCCAGGGGGACCUGCGAUUCUGAACCGUCUGGAGACAAAACUAAAGCUGGAGAGAGAGAAGCUGGAGAGCAGCAGAAGGGCGUUGGUGAAUUACGGGAACGUGAGCAGCAACACGAUACUGUAUGUGAUGGAGUAUAUGAGAGAUGAGCUGAAGAAGAAAGGCGAGGCCGCACAAGAGUGGGGACUUGGCUUAGCAUUCGGACCUGGAAUCACCUUCGAAGGCCUUCUCAUCCGCAGCCUCACCUCUCCCUGAGUAAUUGUGGCGAAACAAAAUACAUAUAUAUGUGUAAUUUUACAUUUGGUUACAUAUAUAAAACUUAUUGUAAGCAUGAAAUGAGUAUUGUUAAAUUAAACCA